AUGACACCCGGCAAGAAGUUACAGGGUCUUGUAGCUGCUACAGUCACUCCAAUGACUCCUGAUGGACAAAUUAACCUUUCAGUGAUUCGUCAAUACGUGGAUUAUCUGGUAAAUGAGCAGAAUGUGAAGAACAUCUUUGUGAAUGGCACAACAGGAGAAGGACUCUCCCUUAACAUCCAGGAGAGGAAGCAGUUGGCAGAAGAAUGGGUGUGCCAAGGAAAAGACAAACUGGAUCAUGUGAUCAUUCAUGUGGGAACACUAAGUCUGCCAGAGUCCCAAGAGCUGGCAAGACAUGCAGCAUCCAUAGGUGCUAGUGGUAUUGCUGUAAUAGCCCCCUUCUUCUUCAAACCCACAAACAAAGAUGAGCUGAUUACUUUCUUACAGAAGGUUGCAUCUGAAGCCCCUGCGGUUCCAUUUUACUACUAUCACAUUCCUCCUCUGACGGGUAUGAAGAUUCGUGUUGAAGAGUUGCUGGAUGGAAUAAAAGAGCAGAUCCCCACCUUCCAGGGUGUGAAGUUCAGCGACACGGACCUCUUGGACCUUGCACAGUGUAUAAACAAAAAUGAGAGAGAACAGUUUGCAUUUCUUUAUGGGGUGGAUGAGCAACUGUUGAGUGCACUGGCAAUAGGGGCAGAUGGAGCAGUUGGAAGUACAUACAACUAUUUGGGCCGAAAAACCAAUCUGAUGUUGCAAGCCUUUGCAAAGCCAGACCUUGCGUUAGCACGGAAGUAUCAG